GCUAAGGGUGAAAGUUUGCUGUGAGUUGGCUCACUUGGGGCCAGGGCGCGGGCGGCUGUGGGCUGGUGGGGUGAGGAAAGAAGAGGCGGCGGCGACACAGGCACCAGCACCCGUACCCCCACCUACGGGAGUUCUGCACCACCUCCGGCCCGCCCCGCGGAGGAACCACACUGCUGGGGAUAAGACGAGGGAGGGGACGGGACAGGGUAGAGACCCGCACGCACCGCCCGUGCUUCACGGCAGCACUCACGGCCGACAGCCGCCACCAGCAGCCGGCCCUGGAGCCGAGAACGAAGUGUGUUGGAGCCAAAUCCUAUGUGUGUGUCAUUUUGUCUCUUUUAAUACGCUGCCCUGACUUGCUUGCUGUGAAGGGAGUAUGCAUCUGGAGAUCAAAGUUGCUCUUAACUUCAUCAUCUCAUACCUGUACAACAAGCUUCCUAGGAGGCGGGCAGACCUGUUUGGUGAGGAGCUAGAGCGCCUGCUGAAGAAGAAAUAUGAGGGUCACUGGUACCCAGAAAAGCCUCUGAAGGGAUCUGGCUAUCGCUGUGUUCAUAUAGGGGAGACGGUGGAUCCGGUGGUGGAGCUGGCGGCCAAGCGAAGUGGGCUGGCCGUGGAGGAUGUGCGUGCCAAUGUGCCAGAAGAGUUGAGUGUCUGGAUUGAUCCUUUUGAGGUUUCCUACCAGAUUGGUGAGAAGGGCUCUGUUAAGGUCCUCUACCUGGAUGACAGCGAGGGCUGCAGCGCUGCGGAGCUGGACAAAGAAAUCAAGAGCAGCUUCAACCCUGACGCCCAGGUGUUUGUCCCCAUUGGCAGCCAGGACAACUCACUGUCCAAUUCUCCGUCCCCCUCCUUUGGCCAGUCACCUAGUCCUACCUUCAUCCCUCGCUCUGCCCAGCCCAUCACUUUCACCACUGCUACCUUUGCUGCCACAAAGUUUGGCUCUACCAAGAUGAAGAAGGGUGGAGGAGCUGGAGGAGGGGGUGCUGGAGCAGGGGCUGGGCAGCAGCCAAGGAUGGUCAGGUCUCCCACCACCAACCUGCUGAAGCACAAGGGCCUCUCCCUGUCUAUGCACUCUCUGAACUUCGUCGGGAGUGCUGGGAGCCAAGCCCCGCAGUCACAGCUCUCCCCCAAUGCCAAGGAGUUCGUUUACAGCGGCGGGUCCCCGGGAGCCAGCAGUCUCUUCUUCGAUGGUGUUGCCAGCGAGAGCCAGGCCAGCAGCAUCCCACCGGCAUCGCAGUUCAACACCGGCACUGGUGGUGCCUUUGAUAUGGCUCAGGUCUUCGGUGGCAGCACCAACAGCCUCUUUUUGGAGAAGUCUCCCUUCGUGGAAGGACUCAGCUACAACCUGAAUGCCAUGCAGUAUCCCAGCCAGUCCUUCCAGCCUGUCGUCCUGGCCAACUGAACACAAAGAAGUGCGAGUAUUUUGGGGUGGGAGGGUGGGGGAGGGGGAAACAAGAACAAAACAAAACAGAGGGGAGAGAAAAGCAAAAUAGAAAUAUACAGAAAAUAUUCAAACCUUAUAAAUAUAGCUUCUUGGGGGAAAAGAGAGAGCCCAGUGUUGUUGCGCUGUGCUGGCAAUGCUCCUGAAGCACUGACUUAUUUUUAACUCAGUCCCUGUGCUUUUUUCCUACUCACUUUUUUACUCCUUAAAUGAGUCUUGGAAUUAUUUCAGUUUGUGUUUUACCCCUUCUCCCACCCCAGCCAGGACUGGUGCAACCAUAGGUCACGAUGCUUCUGAUUCCCUGCACCACCAUCCCCCAUAAGUGCUGGACACAGGCUCCUUGCACCUGGGUGUAGGGAUGUCUUCUUUGUGCCACCUCACUGGAGGAGGAAUGGGGAGAGGAUGAGUCAGUGUCGGUGGAGAUACACACAGUCCUGUUGCGUGCUAGCCAGGAACGGGUGGGUGAGCUUGCUUUUGCUGUUACGGUUCUGCAUGUAGACAGAGACCAUCUACUGUGCCCACGGGCGCAGACCGCUGUGCUGUCUUUGCUCCAGCCUGGCCUGGCGUCAGCUGUUCUGUCUGUGCUGGAAAGCACCAACUCUUCUCCUUGACCGCCUCCCAGCACGCAGCGUGGAGGGCAGAGUGUUCCUGUGAAAUGGCUUCUUGCUGCUCCCUUCUUCAUCUGUGCUUCCCGCUGCGGGGACAGGGGCUGGCCUUUGAGCGACUCCGGUGUCGUCCCCUUCUGCACGUGAGCCAGGGGCCCUUGCGGUGCCCCCUCGGGGCUGCCUGGUUGAUCCGGUUGACAGCCCUGUGGUGUAGAAACCCACCUGUCCCUGCAGUUGGGAUAGGAGGUGCUGAGCCAGGCAGCCCCACUUGGAUCCUGCCCUUGCUUCCCAGGCGUACUGUCCAGGUCUGAGUUCUCGUUCCCUGCUGUGAAUCCAUCUUCUUGUCUCAGAGUGGGAAUUUCUUCCUCCUUAGUCGGCGAGGCAGCACUACUUUUUGAGGAAGAAGUUGUUGAAACUGCUUUCUUGAUCAUAAGGGCUUGUGUUUUCAGUCAGGCACACACCUGACUAAAUCCCUUCUCCUGCCCUUGUGGAGGAAUGGGAGGAAGUGGUUCCUCUGGUGCAAAAGGGAAGCACCUAGCGUAAAUUCAUCAUUCCAGCCAGGUUAUGUCAAUGUGGAUGGUGGCAGGCUUAGAGCAGGGACAGCUAGCAGCCAUGCUGGUGGUGUGACUUGGUGCUGCCCCACCACAGGGCUGGAAUCUGGGGAUGCCCCUGCAGCUUUCCCUGGGAUGAUGUGCUGCAGUUGGGUGGUAGUGGCUUUUCUGCUAGGUCACUUCUGCAUUCAUGACUCCAAAACCCACCUCCACAGGAAGCCAAAGAAGGGCUGUGUCUUUCCCAGGCAGAGUGGAAGCUCUCUAGGUGGGAAGGAGGUCUCCUUGGAAGCUGUUGUGGGAGUAUGGAAGCGUGCAGAGAGGAGAGAGAUAGAGGUGAUGAGACUCCAGUCUUUGAAGUUCUCAGUUUGAAAGAAAAACAAGCUUUUUGCUGCCUCCCAAACUUGAUGUUUGGUUUUCUUUUAAUGACAUCUCUGGAGCACCCUCUGAAAUUUACUUCUCUUAUAUC